UUCACACGAAAUGGACAAUUUUUACUAGCGUAUUCAAAGUUACUAACACAGCGGUGAGAUGUCCUGAUGACGUAGAACGUGAUACUUCGCUGUUGGUUUACAGCAAUUUUAGGUCUCGAUAACACGUGGAGCACACCAAUAAUUCUUUGUUAUUGAGCCAAAAUUAUUAAUCAAACCAUUCUUAUAAGUCUUGAUAUUUUAUGUCGUUAAGUGAUCACUAUUUAGACAUUUUAAAUAACAAAAUUUACCUCGCAGUUCUCUGGCCCGUGAUAACAUAAAUAAUAUACCAAUUUAUCUACCAAAUCAAAAGUAAUUACCAACCUUGCAAUGAAGAAAUUUUUUACGUUACGUAUUUAUUAUGUGUGAUAUUUCGUAUUGCAGUUCACGAUUAACCUGUUGAUGAACACGAAGGAUAUUUCUGCUGGAACGAAGGAUCUCACAUUCAAAGUGAACGCGACAAGUGUUGGCAAGGAUGUCAACCCCUACGAUAAUUAUAAGGAAUUGGUUUUACAACUCGCGAUUCAGGCAGACAUGGAAAUAGUAGGGAUAUCCAGUCAAGACCAAAUAAUGUACAUGAACAAAGAUGCGAAGUAUAUAAAGGACCUAAUGUUCAAUCACACAUUCCAGGUACGGAACCUAGGACCGAGUACAGUAGAGACAGCAGAUAUUGAAUUCCAAAUUCCACAUCAAUAUGUCUUUCCGCCUGUACAAGAAAUAUUCAUGAGAGUUUUAGAGCAUCAGCUGCAGACAUCCGCCGACGUGAACUGUUCUCCGGUGAAGGGGUUUAGGUAUUGGAAUGCUUCCCACGAAAUUCCGAUAAUCGACCCAGAGUUACCAGAUGGUGAACUCGAAGAAGGAAUUUUUGAAUUGAAUAAGAGAAGACCGCCGUCGGUUUCGAAAAGAUCCAUUUAUAGAUCUCAAUUACUAGAGGAUUUCGAAGAGCCCAUGUCUACGUCUUCUGUACCAGAAUCUGCGCUGUCAACUUCCAAUUUCAGCAUGCCGCCUUCGAACAGAACUUUAUUCCUCAACUGUACUGAUCCUAAAGUCGAUUGCUUCGUGGUAAAAUGUUCUGGAGGACCCUUUUUACCCAACAAGACUCAAACAGUAAUUAAUUUCCAACUCAGAGCGGACCUUGAAGUUCUACAUUCGCAGCUAAAUAUGAAAGAUAUAAUUCUGUUUUCGUCGUUCGGAAAAGUUUCUAUCAGAGACCCAAAGGGCGUUGUACAGCCUGAGGGACAUAAACCAGACUUCGUGAAUGUGCACACUAGAUUUAUAGGGAAGAUCCCAGAAGUCAGUGCGGCUAGUUGGAUCAUUGUGCUGGCCAUCAUCUGUGGAAUUCUGAUACUUUUCCUCAUUGCUAUGGCCCUAUAUAAGAUUGGUUUUUUCGAACGUGGAAAGAAAGAAGAACUUCAAGCUCUAAAAAACGCUGAGGUGCCUGCUGGUGUGGAUGAAGGAAGCAACUUUCAGGCUGAAGUUAUUUCCGGUGACAAUUUAUGAAGUCGCUGAAAAUUAUCUGUUAACAUCUGUCUUGAUUAAAAAAGUUCCUUCCGGUUCCUGUAAAAAGCGUAACGGAUAUGCUAACCUAACAUAACCUAACUUAUGAUAGUCGUGGAACAGCUGAGCUUGGCUGUGUGACGUAGGACGAGAGAGUCAUCGACCCAGACAACAUAGCUCGAGAGGCCAGCUGACUCGAAAUCGGAACCCGUUUCACCAGAGAACGAGAGAGAGAGACUGUAUAGUACGGGUACUGGUUAGUUAUUUUUUCUGACACGUGGUGGGUGAAAGUAAGGCAUUUCCACAUUGACGACGAAGAAUUAACUUAAUUACAUAUGAUGUCUGUAAUUUUUAUAAUACAUUUUUAAGUAACUAAUGCUGUAGCGAAUGUUUUGAAGUAACUUAAAAAUGCAUUUACGCAAAUUAUUUCAUUUGUUUAUCGAGGUAAGCUAAAAAAAUUCGGUUUAUGUAAAUUUGUUCGUAAGUAUUUUAUAAGAGUUUGAAAAAUAUUUAUGAUUUUAUGUAAAGUUGUAUAUAGAGUUCAAUGAGAGCAUAAUUAAAUAACAGUGAAUUAAAAAGGAUCUGAAAGGAA